UCUUCGCAGCCCUCGAAGAGCCAACCAAUGUCAGCCUCGAGUUUUCCCGCGAGAGGUAUUUACUAAUACUCGGGAGCGGGAAGCGGUGAACUUCGGGGUAAAGUAUAGUCGUGCGGCUGGGCUUUGCUUGUUACUUUUCGCCGGAAUAGCGCGUUAGGGAUCGGGGUUCCGCGCUGCAGGCAAGAUGCUCAAGUCCAAGACUUUCUUAAAGAAGACGCGGGCAGGUGGCGUGAUGAAGAUCGUGCGCGAGCAUUACUUGCGGGACGACAUCGGCUGCGGAGCCCCCGGUUGCGCGGCCUGCGGCGGUGCCCACGAGGGCCCGGUCCUCGAGCCGCAGCCCCUGGAUCCGGCAAGCAGCCUGUGCCCCCGCCCGCACUACUUGCUUCCAGACACCAAUGUGCUGCUGCAUCAGAUUGAUGUUCUUGAGGACCCAGCCAUCAGGAAUGUAAUUGUACUGCAAACAGUUCUGCAAGAAGUGCGAAAUCGGAGUGCUCCUGUGUAUAAACGAAUCCGAGAUGUGACUAAUAACCAGGAGAAGCAUUUCUAUACGUUCACUAAUGAGCACCAUAGAGAAACUUACGUAGAACAGGAACAGGGAGAAAAUGCUAAUGACAGAAAUGAUAGAGCCAUUCGAGUAGCAGCAAAAUGGUACAAUGAACAUUUGAAGAAAAUGUCAGCAGAGAAUCACCUGCAAGUUAUCUUCAUAACAAAUGACAAGAAAAACAAAGAAAAAGCCAUAGAAGAAGGAAUACCAGCUUUCACUUGUGAAGAAUAUGUAAAGAGCCUAACCGCUAACCCGGAACUCAUAGAUCGUCUUGCUUGUUUGUCUGAAGAAGGGGUAUGUAAUGAAAUAGAAAGUGGAAGAAUAAUAUUUUCAGAGCAUCUCCCUUUAAGUAAGCUACAACAAGGCAUAAAAUCUGGUACAUACCUUCAGGGAACAUUUAGAGCCAGCAGGGAAAAUUACUUAGAAGCCACAGUAUGGGUUCAUGGAGACAAUGAAGAAAAUAAAGAGAUAAUCAUACAAGGACUGAAACAUUUAAACCGAGCCGUCCAUGAAGAUAUUGUGGCUGUAGAGCUUCUUCCGAAGAAUCAGUGGGCGGCUCCAUCUUCUGUGGUUUUACAUGAUGAAGGGCAGAAUGAAGACGAUCUGGAAAAAGAAGAGGAGAGAGAGCGCAUUCUAAAGACUACUGUAAGUGAAAAAAUGUUAAAACCUACAGGUAGAGUUGUAGGAAUAAUAAAAAGAAAUUGGAGACCAUAUUGUGGCAUGCUUUCCAAGUCUGAUAUUAAAGAGUCAAGAAGACAUCUCUUUACCCCUGCUGAUAAGAGAAUCCCUAGAAUUCGGAUAGAAACCAGACAGGCUUCUACAUUAGAAGGACGGAGAAUUAUUGUUGCUAUUGAUGGUUGGCCCAGAAAUUCCAGAUACCCAAACGGACACUUUGUAAAAAACCUAGGUGAAGUUGGAGAUAAAGAGACCGAAACAGAAGUUCUGUUGCUUGAGCAUGACGUUCCCCAUCAGCCUUUUUCACAGGCUGUGCUCAGCUUUCUGCCAAAGAUGCCCUGGAGCAUUACUGAAAAGGACAUGAAAAACCGAGAAGACCUGAGACAUCUGUGCGUGUGCAGUGUGGACCCGCCAGGAUGCACCGAUAUAGAUGACGCUCUGCAUUGUAGAGAACUUGACAAUGGAAAUUUGGAGGUUGGUGUCCAUAUUGCAGAUGUUAGCCAUUUUAUUAGGCCAGGAAAUGCUUUGGAUCAAGAGUCAGCCAGAAGGGGAACAACGGUGUAUCUUUGUGAAAAGAGGAUUGACAUGGUUCCAGAGUUGCUUAGCUCUAACUUGUGUUCCUUAAGAUGUAACGUUGACAGGUUGGCAUUUUCCUGUAUUUGGGAAAUGAAUCACAAUGCUGAAAUCUUAAAAGUGAGGUUUACCAAAAGUGCCAUUAAUUCAAAGGCUUCUCUCACCUAUGCUGAAGCUCAGAUGAGAAUUGACUCCACAGCCAUGAAUGAUGAUAUCACCACUAGUCUCCGUGGACUAAAUAAACUAGCUAAAAUUUUGAAAAGAAGAAGAAUUGAAAAAGGGGCUUUGACACUUUCCUCUCCAGAAGUUCGAUUCCACAUGGACAGUGAAACUCAUGAUCCUAUAGAUCUACAGACCAAGGAACUUAGAGAAACAAAUUCCAUGGUGGAAGAAUUUAUGUUACUUGCCAAUAUCUCUGUUGCAAAAAAAAUUCAUGAAGAAUUUUCAGAACAUGCCCUGCUUCGAAAACAUCCUGCCCCUCCUCCAUCAAAUUAUGAAAUCCUUGUUAAAGCAGCUAAAUCCAAGAAUUUGGAAAUUAAAACGGAUACGGCCAAGUCCUUGGCUGACUCUCUGGACCGGGCUGAGUCUCCUACCUUCCCGUAUCUGAACACUCUCCUAAGGAUAUUAGCCACUCGCUGUAUGAUGCAGGCUGUGUACUUCUGCUCUGGAAUGGAUAAUGAUUUCCACCACUACGGCUUAGCCUCUCCGAUCUACACACAUUUCACUUCGCCCAUCAGAAGAUACGCAGAUAUCAUUGUCCAUCGGUUGUUGGCUGUGGCUGUCGGGGCCGACUGCACUUAUCCAGAGUUGACAGACAAACACAAGCUUGCAGAUUUAUGUAAAAAUCUUAAUUUCCGGCACAAAAUGGCUCAGUAUGCCCAACGUGCAUCCGUGGCUUUUCAUACUCAGUUGUUCUUCAAAAGCAAAGGAAUAGUAAGUGAAGAAGCCUACAUUCUAUUUGUAAGGAAGAAUGCUAUUGUGGUGUUAAUUCCAAAGUAUGGUUUAGAAGGCACAGUCUUUUUUGAAGAAAAGGACAAACCAAAGCCAAGGCUUAUUUAUGAUGAUGAGAUCCCUUCACUUAAAAUAGAGGAUACCGUGUUCCAUAUUUUUGAUAAAGUUAAAGUGAAAAUCAUGUUAGACUCAUCUAAUCUUCAGCAUCAGAAAAUCCGAAUGUCCCUGGUAGAACCACAGAUCCCAGGAAUAAGCAUUCCGGUUGAUGCUCCAAACAUGGACAUUAAGGAACCAGAGAGAAAGAAGAAGAAACGUGAAAAAUAGCAAUAGUCAACAAAACAACUUCAAAGACUGGUUUCCUUAAAAAAAAAAAAAACCUUGAGCGAACACUUUUAAACCUAAGAAGUGUGUGAUACAGUUUGCUACUCUUAAGUACAUUUUAAUGGUCUUAAAAAUUUGCAUUUUUAUUGAA